AUGAAAGCUGAUCAAAGGCAUGCAACUUCAAAGUUGAUUAGUGAUUACAUUAUUGACAAUCUUCGAAACCCAAGAUUUAAAGUUACACCAGCUUUUGUCAUGGCCGAAAUGCAAAAAUUGCAUGGACUAGACAUUGGGUAUCACAAGGCGUGGCGUGCUAUUCAACGUGCUUCAGCUUUAAUAAGAGGAACUCCUGAAGAGAAUUAUGAAUUGUUGUCUUCUUACUUGUUACUUUAUAUGUUUUAUGCAUAUGGAUCAUCAAUAACCGGUUGGAAUUAUUGUAGACUGAUGAUUGCUGUUGAUGCAACUUUUUUGAAGUCAAAAUAUCAUGGUGUUUUAAUGAUUUCAGUUUCAAAGGAUGCAAAUAACCAAAUAUUCCCACUAGCCUUUGGGAUUGCAGAAUCUGAAAAUAACAACUCCUAUGAGUGGUACUUUAGUGAGCUUCACAAUGCAAUUGGGAGCUGUGAUAAUUUUUUUUUAUCAGAUAGGCAUCAAUCUAUUGCACAUGGCAUCACAAAGGUAUAUACUGAAAGCCACCAUGGGAUUUGUAUCUAUCAUUUGGAGCAGAACCUAAAGCAAAGAAAAGUGAAAAGUGAGGUCAUAAAACUUUUUCAAAGUGCUGCAAGAGUAUACAUGUGCAAAGAAUUUGAUCUCUACAUGUCAGAGAUAGCAAACGUUGAUAAGAAGACUUUUGACUACUUGAUGGAAGAACCACCGGAAAGGUGGGCGCGUUCUUGUUGUCCACGACGAAGAUAUGACAUGCUCACAAUAAACAUAGUUGAGUUAAUAAAUUAUGUGCUAUUAGAAGCAAGGGAGCUGCCUAUAUUGAGAAUGAUGGAUUUCAUCCAAGUUAAGCUACAAUGUUGGUUUUAUGAGAAAAGAAAUGAAACGGAAGGAACUUUUUAUGAUGUUUCAUGUUGGGUAGAAGAGGAAUUGAAGAAAAAGAUAGAUUUAGCUUUUACUUUAAAUUUAUCGAGAAGAGAAACAUCAAGAAGUCCAAUUUCUGCUCGGACUGGUGCUUAA